GCGAAGAACAGCCUUCUAGCACGCCCGACAUGGCCAGACCGGUGGUUGCACUCCUGGUUCUGGUCUGCCUGGUGGUGGUAUGCGAAUGCACGUUCGAGGGGAAGAUGGGGCAGCAACUCCGGACGCCCGAGUGCAGGAAACUACUCAAAGUAUUCAAGAAGUGCGGCAUCAAGAAGCAUUGGACAAACCAAUUGCAGAAGGACUUGGCCGCCGUCAUGGCCCAGGCUCCAUUCCAUGAAGAUCUAAACGGCUGUUUGGCCAUGUCCCUCGACAUGGGGACCAACCAGUCCUACUGCAAGGAUGAACCAAGUUUGAGGGUUUACCUACAGUGUUCAAGAAUGGCACUGGUCAGAAGAGUCGACGUGAGGAACAAGUACGCGGCCAUCAAGUUUCAUGGUGGAUAUGACCAUUGCGUGAAAGUUCGCAUGGGCAUGCUGGGAGACUUUGGCGGGAUGCCGUUGGAAGCUGGCGACGACGAUGACGAUGACGAUGACGAUGACGAUAGAGACGGCGGUGAAGUACGCGAUGAUGGUCAACAUGGAGCUGAAGACAAGACUAAGGCCUCGAUGACGCAAGGGUCCAGAGAUAAAAGGAGGAGAAGGCGGAAAACACCGACGCAUGAAACGGAAGCGAUGGUUAUCAGUCAACCGUAUCCCGACGACGACGACGACGACUCCUCAACUCGUUACGGCAAGUCGAUGCGACGCGAAGAAUCCGGGACGCGGGGCGGCGGGCACCGUCGUCCCAAGCGCGUCGCCGACCGCGCCCCUCCGGGGCGAGUCCGUGGUCGCGAACCGGACGUCUUCAUACGUCGUCCUCCCUACGACAGGCACCGUAUACCCCCAGAGCGGCCCAACGAAGAUGAGGACACAAUGCGGCAACGCCGCAGGGACCCCAUUGGAUUCGACGACCGCGGUGAGUUCGGCGACAGCGACGACAACGAGUACUUGUAACGACGUAAAGAUGAGAAAGCCUGGCAGGCGGCCACAUCGCGACUACAAUUAGGACGACUAUGACGAGGCUUGGAGAUGAGGGAGAAGAUAAGGUCCGGAGAUGCGAGGGGUUCUGCUCGUUUCUUCUUUUCCCAUUCCUCCUAUUCUUUAUAUAUAGAGGGCGGUCGUCGUCGUCGCAACCACGUCACCCAAAUUUACCCACACGAGAACAGCAUGUGCGCCAACGUUUCCCAGUCUUUCUCCCUGCGUAUGUUUUUUUUGUCAAUAAAGCGAAACGUGCGAUCAUUUGUGCGAUCAAAAGUGCGA